UAAAUAUAUAUGAUGAAACAGACUACAGUUUGAUUCGAAAUCUACAGAUAAAAGUUAUACUUGUGUAUAAAAGCCAGAAUUACAAUUCAAUUAAUAAGAUAAAUAACUACUGGCAAGAUGAUAAUUCUAACUUUCAUUUCUUUUUCAAUAUUACUGACCAGUUAUGCUGCUGAAAUCAGUAAGUUUUCCUUUCCGCCAUCAAAUGCUACUAAAUUUCCUCGGUUGAGACCGGUCAACACGUUUCCAACCUUACAGGAGUUUACAUUUUGUUCUCGAGUCAGGCCUGUCUCGGCAGAUAAAAAUAGAUAUUUUACCAUUUUAUCUUAUGCUACAGCAAGAUCAAACAGCGAAAUAGUUAUUAAUGUUAAAUUUGACGUUUCUAAAAGUACAACAGCACAUAUUUACUUGAAAACCUCCGAUGAAGAGUUGUCUUGCGAUGGAUUUAAUGACAUGGGGAUGUGGAAUAGUAUUUGUAUAUCUUGGUUUGGACCUAAUGGUAGAAUCCAAGCAGUUAUAAAUAGUAAGUUUUGCAGUAUUAAUUUAGCAGCUGAUAAAUACAUCGAAGAAGGUGGAGCAUUUAUCAUAGGGCAGAAACAAGACGUAAUGGAUUCAGAAUUCGAUCUCAAUCAGUCUUGGGAAGGAGAUAUUGCCGAUAUUCAUCUUUGGAAUGAAGCAUUUGAUGUCCUUAAUACCAUUAAAGAUGAUAGAUAUUAUGGAAUUGGAAGAGCCGGGAAUGUGGUAUCUCUGGAAUAUAGAUCAUUUAUUAUAUUUGACGGAGUUAUUAUUAGUUAAAAGUAUCCUGUAAUUAAUUUUAUUGAAAAUUUCUACGGAUUUAUAUUAUGU